GGGUGGGAGGGGAACUCCAGCGUUGCCGAAGCCGGGCGCACACAAGCGGCGAUGCUCCGCCAAACCAGCGCGGCGCCCACACUGUCGGAGAACGUAGCGCCCCACUAUCCGCCGCGGUGCCAGUCUUCGCGAGUCUUUCAACACUCGAAUGACCCCCCCUAUCUGCGGGGCUCUCUUGGCCGCUGGUGUGCCUCCUGCGGGACCCUGAAACUUCAGGCAGGCAACAACAUGAGUUCAUGAGCUGGGGGUGCUGUCAAAGGAGUGUCGGUGAGUUGCUGCAGUGCACCAUGGUCCAUAUUGGUGACACUGUGUAGCAGUAAAGGAUGGAGUGAAUUUUAAAGAUGGUGGAUGGGGUACCAGUCAAGAGCGCUACUGUGGCCUGGAUGGUGUUGAAUUUUUAAGUGUUUUUGAGUGUUGUUAGAGCUGCAGUAAUCCAGGCAAGUGGGGAGUAUUCCACCGCAUUCCUGACUUGUGGCUCGUAGACGGUGGACAGUCUUUGGGGAGACUGGACGUUUCUCCACACGGAGGUUAAAGAUGGAGUCCCUUCGAAGUUGGCGGACUCUCUGAGAUGGUCGGCGGGAGCACACAACUGGAUGCACUGGCGAAUGCGCGACGACCCGAGCCUCCCCGAUUCCAGCACUGUCCGCCUGACCAGCCCACCCACUUCCGCCCGUUCCGCAACCGAGAGCAAGAGAUUGUGAACCGGACCCUCCGCUUCCUGGACGAGAGUGGAUUUUACUGGGGCCCGCUUACUGUGGCUCAGGCUCAUGCCAUGCUGACAAUGGAACCAGUGGGCACUUUCCUCGUUCGGGACAGCUCUCGGGCCAACCACUUGUUCAGCCUGAGCGUCCGGGCCGAGAAUGGACCGGUCAGCAUGCGGAUCUUGUUUGAGAAAGAACACUUUUGGUUCAACGGUGCCUGCUUUGACUGCAUUCUGAAGCUCCUGGAGUACUGUGUGGACAGCACCCAGAUAAAGCCCUUCAGGUUUGACUGCGGGGUCUCGGUGGUAUUUUCCAAGCCCUUACGGAAAAACCCCAUCCUGAAUCUAAAGCAGUUGUGCAGGAAGAACAUAAUCGGCCAUUUUGGCAUUGAAAGCGUGCGGAAACUUCCCUUGGUGCCCCGGCUCCAGGAGUACAUGGAGGAAUUUCCGUUCAAACUGUAACCGAGGAAUCGCCAAAGUUUUCUGUUUGGUUUUGUGAAGCCCAGGCGUGAAAUAGAUCGCUGGCGGCAGUUGAGAGUUUUGGGGGAAGGAGUGCAUUCACGUGCAGUACGGAGCACAGGGCCUCCUGAGGAUACCACAAGCGCCCUUCUGGUUUCUGUGCUCCCUCUGCCCUGGCGAUGUGACGUAGGCGUGUCGUUGACUAGUGGAUGUAUAUACGGGCACUGUGCAGUCCAGGAAGGGCCCAUGCCCACAGCCAAGUGAGCUCUCCAGCACUUACUGCCUGAGCAAGGAGGCUGGGAAAAGACAGAUUUUUCAGUCAAUCAUUUCUGAAGGAUGUGCAGGCAUCAUUUUCAUUCUUUCAAAGAAGACUGUGUCUUUGGUUCCAUCUGUGAAGCCAGUGCUGAAGAUUAUUUAGUUGUGCAAAAGCAUUACAUUCUGCAGAAUGAAUUAUUUUUGUCAGAUGUUUUUAGUUUAUAUAUUCAUAUCUAUAUUUUAAUAUGUAACUAAAAAAAUGAUUGUACUGGUUGGAAUUUGGUACAGAAGGAGAGACUGUACAGAACAGAGUUGGUAAUGCUCCAUUUUAUCUUGCAGAUAUUUUCCUAUCAGCCAGCUCUUAGAUGUCAUGACGCAGCUCUGGGGCAGGUGGAAUUUGAGCCCUGGCCUCCUGGCUUAGUGGCAGGGUCGCCACUACUGCACCACACAAGAACCCCCAAUUCCAUCAGCUACUGUGUUGGAAUUUGAAACCAUGCCUCCAGGGUAUCAGUGUGAGAUUUAGAAUUGUUUUGACUGGGGAUGCCACAACUACUGUACUGUUCCCUGACCCGUUCCCCCAUUAGGGCAGCACCAUGGCUCAUAUGUGCUUCAUUGUGCCAGGCACCCAAGUUUGACUCCACCCUCGGGCGACUGUGCAAAUUCCACACAGAUUUUCUGCCUCUAUCUGCAUGGGUUUCCUCUGGGCCCGUUUACCUCUCCCGGUCCAAAGAUUUGCAGGUUAGAUGGAUUGGCCUUGUGCAUAGUGUCCAGGGAUGUGCAAGCUGGGUUGAUAAGCCAUGGGAAACUUGAUUAGGGCCAUGGGUCAGUGUGGGAUAUUCUGUGGAGGGUUGGUGUGAACUCGAUGGGCCAAACAGCCUGCUUCAACACUGUAUUGAUCUUGUACUAUGAGUGUUGCAGGCAUCUUUCAGGGAGCAGGAAGGCCAAAGUAUGUCAGGGGUCAGCUUCUGGCCUUGGCUAAAAAUCCCACCCGCACUCAUUACCUGAUCUAUUACGCAAAGAAGGGUGGCCUGGAUAGGCAAAUUAACUCCCGUCUUGCCCUGUCUUGCUACCCCAAUACCAAUGAAAAAACUCCUUAGCAUAAAUCUGCAUUUUUGACAACAGGAACGCAAGAACCAGCACAAAUGUAAAUAUAGUUUGGUAAAUGAAUCUGCCAUUCAGAAAGAAUCACCCAAUGAUCUCUCGAUUGUUGUAGUGAAAGUAUCUAAAUCUGCUCAGGUCACCACGCAGUUCAGUGGACCGUCCCUUUGAUUGGAUUUUGGGCCGAAACUCGCUCUGUGAUUGCUGUUAUUUGUCAGUGCGGAACCAUUGAUCGAUGCCACCUUGUUACUCUCUAUGGUUCCAUGCUUGUGGUUUGUUUAUUCAAGUUUGUCAAACAGCUUAGACUUUUCACACCAAAGCUGAGCUUGUUCCACUGUCUUGAUCCUGAGUGCACAUCAAAUCCCGGUUAGAAUUUAAACAGAAGAUUAAUCCUAACCUUUGCUGUCUCCAGUGAAUAUGGUGAGCUCACUUGUAGCCAAUCAGCUUUUUGGUACUCAAAUUUUUAUUUGAAAGGUAUUUCUUAAUAAAGAAAGGAAAUAGUUGUUUGAAACAAGAUGUUUCUUAUUGAUUUAUUGCAAGUGUUGAGGUUAGUAAUGGGGAUGCUAGUUCCAAUUGCAGUGAACAAUAACAAAUAGUUCUGAUGGCCUAGAUCAUGUGAUGCUCUGGGAGCCUAUCAUUUGGGAUUCAUAUGAUCAAUGGAUGACUUGACUGAUGUCCCAUGGAUGUUAGAGUUGUCCUUUUAACUCAGUUCUUAAUGCAGAUGGGAGGAAAAGUUAGGUUUGGGGUCCAAUAUUUACUGGGUGAGAGGAACUUGUCACUUCCACUUUGGUUCAAUUCAACCCCAAUCAGACCAGUUUUAGGUAAAGAAAAUCAAGUCAUUUCUACACUUUGCAUUCUUGGGAGAGACUGCCAAAAAACUGUCUUGUUCCUGAGUAGGUGACAACCCUGAGAGAGAAUGAUUGGUAUCUAUUGGGCUAUGGGGUAGCCUCCAGGCAAUCAGGGAUGAUUAACAGACAGUCAGAGAGGCUCACAUUCCACCACAGAAUAAAAGAAUAGCUUGUGCGAGUUCUCUCCGAUGUGUGCUUGAUACUGUAGAAAUUCAUAUUGUAGUUUGAAGGUAUUGCAGUUUUUGCAACUUGGUUAAAAAUUUGAUGUAUUUGAAAAGAGCAGUGUCUGGCUUACAUAGUGGUUCCUCCUUCCUUUUUGUUUUGUCACUUCUUGGUGUGUUGAAUGUUGAAUUUGCACACAUCCAUAACAGAUCAGAUGCAAUUUCAAAAUUCCCUCUAUCAUCCACUAACACCGGCCACUGAUGACUGCUUUCCUGAAGAUCUCGUUCUCCAUGUUCAGCAACCAUGUGCUCUUUCUGAAUCAAUAUGCAUCAAGAAAAGCUGCACUCAACUUUGCUCCCGGGUCUCAUGAGUCAGUGAGCAUCCAACUCCAUGAUGACUAUUGAUGAGCUGUGAGAAAAUAUAUCUAUCUACUCCGUAUUGGUAGGGCCAGAUCUCAGGAUCCUCAUCUCACCAUGCCCCCGUCUGCUUUUCAAAGUUGUCCAAACUUUCUUGAACAAAUGAGGCCCUAUCCCUUAGUUUUGGCCUAAGCUGGCUUCAAUAAUAGUCAGAGAUGAGGUGUUCAUACUGACCUGGGUACUUUGAGGAGGUGAAAUUUAGUUAAGAUUAACCCUAUAAGUUUGUUUUUUUAAAAAUUGUUUCAUGGGAUGUGGAUGAAGCUGAGUUAUCCAUCCCUAAUGAGUCAACUGCAUUGCGAUGGGUCUGGAGUCUCAUAUAGGCCAGACCAGGUAAGGACAGCAGAUUCCCUUUAAAGGCAUUAGUGAACGAGACUGAUUUUUACAACAGCUGAGAGUGGCACAUAAUGGUUAGCUUUUCAUUCCAAUUUUAUUGAAAUUAAAUUUCACCAUCUGUCAUGUGGGAUUUGAAUCCAUGUCCCCAGAGCAUUAGCUGAGGGCUCUGGGUCACUAAUCCAGUGAUGUCACCAUAAUGCAAGAAGCCACAAUAGGGAUGUGAGAAAGAAACAGACAGCAUAGAUCUCAGCUAUUGCCUAGUUUAAACCACUUUCUAGUUCUGAGGAAGGGUCACUCUGAUUUCUCUCCAUAGAUGCUGUUAGACCUGCUGAGCUUAUCUGGCUAUUUCUGUUUUUGUAACGGUGCAGACUGACUGUGCUUUUGCAUGAGGGUGAUUUGGAGGUAGUAAAAGCAUAGGCCAGGGAUGACAGGAAAGUUUUGUUGUCAUUCAUUGAGUGCACACCCGAGUGGAUGAACGACCCUAAAAUGGUAAGAAUCUUACAGCGAAGAGGGAGCCCAUUCAGACCACUGUGUCUGUGUCUGCCCUUGGAGAGAGCUGGCCACUUAAGCUCAUUCUCCUGCCUUUUCUCUCAACUUGUCAAUUUCUUUUGUUCUUUGAGCAUCCACUUUCAAGUAUCCACCUCCACUUUGAGAGCUGUUUUGGGCCCUACUUCCACCAGUAUUGCUGACCAGGCAUUUGCAGCUGAACAACCGUAUCAAUUGGAAAGCCAAUUUCCUCCCCCAACCCCAAUUCUUUUGAUGAUGUGGAACUGUACACUCCAAUUUCCAGAACAGUUGCACCCAAAUUUUCUGAUGCAGGUCGAACUGUACAUGUUUAAGAAUAGGAGUAAACCCAUUACCUUACAGCUUGAUGCCACAUGAGAACUGAACUGUCAUGUUGCCGACAAAUUCCAGAAAAGACACUACGAAUCUCAUGUAAACCAGACACUGCUGUUCAAAAAAAGAACCAAAUAUUUUAACAUGGUUGUUUUGUUUGAUAUAUUGUUUGUAAUUCAUUACAAAUCAAGUUUCCCUUUGCACCAAGUGCAACUUAGCUGCUCUGUUUUAUUGUAUCAUUUAGCA